UGGCUGAUUAUAUAUUCAUUAAUAUGCCCGUGCAACUACCCUAAGCAUGCUUUGGGUAGCAACUGUGUGGGUCUCGAAAAACCACUCCUAUUUGCCCACAUGAUUUGAUCUUGAAAUGAACAACCAACUGCAAUCUUGUAUCUUUCUAAAUGUUUCUCUCUAUUCAUAUCUAUCCAAUAUCCUUCCACCAGAAUUUACAACUUGCUAACAGUUUUCAUAAACUGAUCCUCCUCCUGCUCUUUAGAAAUUCUAAGUUCUCCCUUUAGAGGCCCAACUCCAUUGCAAUCUAAGUCUACCUCUAUUUCCAUCUCCUAUAGCCGCCUGGAGAUCUAAGAUCAAAUCCUUGAAAGAGAUCAAAAUGAAGUUACUGGACUGGAUGCACCAUAAAUUUCGGCAUAGUAGCAUCGAGCCUAUCAAGGAUUUCAUAAUUGGAAACCCUUGCAUCUGCCUUUCAGCACAGUCAUCACUUGAUGACCAAGAUGCCCAUAUGAAGCCAAGCUUUGGCUCCACAUAUGGACCCAGAUCCUUCAACCAAGCCAAGCAUGAAUGUGAGAAAUAUUUUUCUGAUACUGAAGCCAAAAGAGAGGAAGAUAAGGUAGAAGAAGAAACAUCUGCUGUGAUCUGCGAGCUCUUCCAUGGCUUCCUCACGAUUGGAACUCUCGGCCUGGAACCAAUUAUUAAUGAGCCUGCAACACCUACGUUUGCCAUGCCUCUGGAGAGCAUAACUGAGAGCAAAACAGAACUGACAGACAAUGACUUGAAGCUCAUCAACUAUGAGCUGGAGAAGUUCCUUGAGGCUGAAACUAAAGAAGAGUGUGGUGACGACUCAUCUGGGAGGAACAGUCAUGCUAGCACUAUUACACUCAGUGGCAAGCAAAUGGACGAGGCUGAAACCGAAUGUUAUGAGAAGAUUUUGGUAUGUCCACUCCAAGGAUAUCUAUUUGGCUCUUCAAUUGAACUUCCAGAAACGAGAAAAGAAGUAAAAAAAGAGAAGACAUCACUUGAAGAGCUGUUUCUUAGGACAGCAAUAACAAAUAAGAAAGACACAGAGAAAAUUGAGGGGGGGAAUAUGCAGGCCAUGAAAGCACAAAAGUCCGCCAUGCAUCUCGUGAAGAAGAUGCUUAAAAAGCUCCAUGCUUCUUCAAGGAACUCUGUCCCUUCUAAAAGUGGUGAUGCAGCUGACUCUAUUUCAACCAAGAAGAUACUCCGCAAGGUCAUACGUAUGUUCCACAAAAAAAUCCAUCCUGAAACCACUAUAGCUGCAAGAGAUUUUGCCGAUUCCCACACAUAUAAGGCCAAUAAUGCUCCCAACGGCUGCUACAACAAUAAAGAGCAUAUGUACCCAGGUGCAGACAACAAUGGCUUUACUCUAGGGUCCAUGUCAAAGAUGGGGAUCCCAUGUCAUAAGUCCAACUUGAAACCACCUCAAGACAGGCUGCAUGGCAGUAAUUUAAGUGCAAAAGAGCAUUGGAUCAAGACAGAUGCAGACUACUUGGUGUUGGAGCUUUAGUGACUGGAUUUGAAAUAAGAUAAACAUGUCGUCAUCCUCAUAAGUAAGGAUGUAAAUGCAGUGUUUGAUUAUACAUAUUGUUAUGUUGUGAGUGAUACGAGCAAUGAGGACUCAAAAGAAAGUCAAGGGUCAAGAAGGUAUGUCUUAUCUUCCUCAGUGUGUUAAUAAAGCUGUGACUAUUUUCUUGUAAGCCUCCUAAUAAUGGUAGUUUGGGUAACUUGAUUACCCAAAGUAUUAUCUGUAUUAUUAAGAAUAUCCCAAGAUUUAAGUAAGAAGGUCCUUCCCAUAUCAUGC